AAGGAGCUGGUUCUUGAUAAUUGCCGUUCGGACGAUGGGAAGAUCGUUGGUCUCUCUUCAGAUUUUGAGAACCUGGAGUUCCUCAGCAUGAUCAACAUCAACUUGCUGUCUGUCUCCAAUCUCCCCAAACUCAACAAACUCCGGAAGCUGGAGCUGAGUGAUAACAGGAUUUCUGGUGGCCUUGAAGUUCUAGCAGAGAGAACUCCUAACCUGACACACUUGAAUCUAAGCGGCAACAAGAUCAAAGACAUCAAUACCCUGGAGCCCUUGAAAAAGUUGCCAAACCUCCAUAGUCUGGACCUCUUCAACUGUGAGGUGACGAUGCUCAUCAACUACCGGGAGAGUGUGUUCACCCUUCUGCCUCAGCUCACCUACCUAGACGGAUUUGAUGCUGAUGACCAGGAAGCCCCUGACUCAGACCCUGAAGCAGAUGGAGAUGGACUGGAAGAUGAUUAUGAGAAUGGGGAAGUGUUUGGGAGCCACGACGCUUACUUCCCUUUGCUUUUGGUAGAAGGUGAGGAAGAGGAUGAUGAUGAUGAGGAAGAUGAUUUGGAUGAAGAAGUCAUUGAUGAUGAAGAAGAUGAAGAUGAUGAUCUGGAAGGUGAAGAGGAGGAGGAUGGAGUAGAUGAUGAGGAGGAAGAUGAGGAGGAAGACGGCGAGGACGAUGAAGAAGAUGAAGCUGAUGAUGACCUUCCGCGAGGGGAAAAGAGAAAACGAAAUCUAGAGGAUGAAGGAGAGGAAGAUCCAGAAGACGAAGAGGACGAUGAGGAUGACUGAUCCCAGCGAGCCAAUCAGUUUUACAGACUAUGACUGUGCUUGUCUUAACCUCCCCGUUGUGUCUGUGUGAGACUGUAAAUCCCCGUCUCCCACUCCUCCCCCCUUUGUAUGGCUGCAGCGUCCACAAUAUAUUUUUUUAAGAUGUAGAAUACUGUAGGCAUUCAGGGGAAUCUUCCAUACAAGGCUCACUUUCUCACAAGUAUCUCAUGACCAAAGGCUUUCUCCGUUCUGUGGUUUGUGCAGCAGUUUG